AUGCGACCUUUAUCAGCUUUGACAAGUUUUGCACUGGGUCCCUAUCUAUUAUCAAGCACCGGCGAGGCUAGGCUAUCUCCGAAGUCCCCACCAGCCCCCAUCAUUGAUCGGUCCCAAGUGGUUUCCAGAUUCAACCCUUUCCGCAAUGCCAGCUCGACAAGCACCCCGAUGCAGGUGGGAAAUGGGAACUUCGCAUUCGGGGCUGAUGUGACCGGUCUGCAGACCUUUUUGCCGUAUGGCAUCCUUUCGUCCUGGGGUUGGCAUAAUUCGUCGCUACCUGCAAAUUCCACGCCGUCGGAUUUCACAGGUUUAGACUGGUGGACUCAUGGUCGGCUAGUGAAUUAUGACAUGCCCAAUCCUGCAGAGGCGGCCAUCUCUCAGUGGUUGAUUGCCAAUCCACACCGUAUCAACUUAGGCCGCAUCGGAUUCAUAUUUGGAGGAAGUUACGCGAACUAUACCGAAGAUGACCUGCAGGAGAGGUCACAAGUACUAGAUAUUUACCAGGGAUUUCUGCAUGGUAGUGGUGCGUCUAUCUCCAGGGUUGACCAUUCCCAUCGGUAUGUACUCCAGCCAAAUGGUAACCGCACGGCAGUUUUUGAAUUCACAGCCAACUUCUCACAACAUGGGACCUUCAAUCCAUCAUCACUAUCUGUUGAUGCAAUCAUCGCACGAUCUCGGCAAUGGUGGUCGACCUACUGGGAAACCGGAGCCUUUGUGGAUUUGACGGCAACUGGGAAUGCUACAGCAGUAGAGAUUCAAAGACGUGCAAUUCUGUCCCAAUACCUACUGGCGGUCAAUGAAGCCGGGUAUGAUCCGCCACAGGAAUCAGGCCUGGUGAAUAAUGGAUGGUAUGGCAAGUUCCAUAUGGAGAUGUACCUAUGGCACUCGGCUCACUGGACCCCAUGGGGCAAACUCCCUUUACUGGAGCGGAGUAUCGGUGUCUAUGAUCGGUUCCUUCCGUCAUCGCUGGAACGGGCAGCAAAUCAGGGGUAUAAAGGCUUGAGAUGGGGGAAGAUGAGCGAUCCAAGCGGGAGAUCUGCUCCAGGGGAGAUCAACGCGCUGCUUAUAUGGCAACAACCCCAUGUGUUUUACUUCGCAGAGAGCGAGUACCAGUCUAUACGCUCCGCCGGGGGAAACACAAACGAUGUUCUAGCGAAAUGGGAUCACAUAUUGACCGAGUCAGCGGAGUUUAUGGCAUCCUUUGCUUUUUGGAACGCCUCCACGAAUGUUUAUGACCUCGGGCCUCCCAUGUACCCCGUCUCGGAGAAUACCCCGCCAAACAGUACCCGCAACCCCACGUUCGAGCUCGCAUAUUGGCACUUUGGUCUCGAUGUUGCCAUAUCAUGGAAAGCCCGGCUUGGCCAAGAAGCCCCCUCAUCAUGGAGCCAUGUUAAAGACAACCUCGCGUCGCUACCUACAGUAGAGACGACGAAUAGCUCGGGUGAUGAGGUCCUCACAUACACCCUCUAUGAAGGCAUCCCGAAUAUGUGGACAGACUCAGACACCGUGACUGACCAUCCAGCACUCACUGGAAUCUACGGACUCUUGCCGCCCUCGGCAGUCGUGAACAAGACAAUCGUCACUGCGACAGCGGCUGAAGUCGCCAAUGUCUGGAACUUCACGGAUUGCUGGGGCUGGGACUUCCCCAUGCUGGCAAUGAACGCGGCAAGGCUGGGAGACGUGGAGGCGGCGGUGGAAUAUUUAGUGCAUUCAAAUUUUGACUUUGACGAUGUCGGCAUGCCCGUUGGAACCAAGGCGCCCACACCCUAUUUUCCAGGCAGCGCGGCCCUGUUGCUUGCUGUUGCAAUGAUGACUGGCGGUUGGGACGCCGCAAGUAACACCAGUCAGCAAGGUUUUGCGCCGGGGUUCCCGGCUCAGUGGGAAGUCCAAGCUGAGGGGUUUGGGCGGAUGUUGUGA